AUGGAGCGCGUGCGUCAUGUCUGGGCUCUGGCGCCACUGGUUCCUGGUGUGGCACCUCAUUUGGCUGCAAGCUGCGGGCUGUGGUGGACGAUUUGGACAGCGCUGGCAUGUGUGACCGGUAUCGAGUCGUGGAGAGCAACAGUGGCAUGGGGCGUGCUUGCUGGCGGAGUGUACUGGCUCUUGGUGCUGGCUGUCGGAGUGGGUCCUUGGAUCGCGUCCCGGGCGCGAGUGCGACAUGGCGGCGUCAUCCCGGCUUUGUCCCCUCAGCCAGAGCACGCCAUUCCGCCGCCCGAGCGAGUGGCUGCCGCGCUCCAAACUGGUGAUCCACCGGCUGAUGCACUUGUCGCCCACUUUCCUGCCCUUGUUGCCGCGCUGAUGCGCAGCGAGGAGCCGGUAGUCACGGCGGCAGCGCUGGCCGAGGCCGAGUACGUCGAUGCCGAGGCGGCCGAGGCACUGCAUGCGCUUGCGGCGCCGGGCCUUGGCCUUCCAGCCUGGGCGACUCCCGAGAUGUUGCACGCUGGUCAGGAGGUGUACAUUGUGAACGCCGGGUUUCAGGGACUAGGCCUCCUUGUGAGCCUCCUCGAGUCGUUUCUCUUCCCGGAAGACGCCGCGGUGCUGGCGGCGACCGGGGCGCUGACUGGGCCGCUUGAUCGUGCAGCAAAGCGGGCGCUUGAUACCGGGUCAUUCAUCCAGGACCUGAUGUACGCGAAGAUCGACGGGAAGCGGCCGUCGCGUGCGGCGGAUGCGGCGUUGCGGAUCCGGCUUGUUCAUGGCCGAGCGCGGCGCAUGGUGGCACGAUCGGCGGCGUGGCAAGAGCGAGGCGAUGUGCCGAUCAACCAGGCUACGAGCGCAGCCACACUGGUCCUGUUUUGCCAGGUGGCGGUCGAGUCGAGCGCAACGAUGGGCGCGUGGAUGCCGCAGACUGACAAAGACGCGCUGUGGACGUUUUGGCGAUAUGUGGGCCACCUGAUGGGUAUCGACGCGGACCUUGUGCCGCCGAGCUAUGCGGGCGGGCUCGCAGGGAGAUGCUCGGGUAUGUACGUGGGACGGCUGGCGCCGGACAUGUCGUCGCGUGCGCUUGUGGCGCGGACGCUUGAUGCCAUGGUGGGCAUCGACGAGCUGCCGUUUGAUCCUGUAGUGGUGGAUUCUUGA